AUUUCUCGAAUCAAUUCAAAGCUCUACCCGGUGUCUGAUUUCAUUCGAUCUCUCGUCAGUCAUCAAGAUGAUCGCAACUUGCUAUCCUACGAGCAGACGAUAAGAUACAUUGAGUUUCCUGCCCUGGACCUCAGGGUUGAAGAAAAGGAGACAUUUGGAGACAAUAUUCAAUCCGAGCAUUUCGAAGUUUUCCAAGCGCUAGACUGGCUGAAAAAGAAGGGCGUCAAGGAGAUUAUCGAGUUUGUCAUCCGUGACAGGCUUGUGAAUCCGCACAAUGAGAUUGGCAUAGGUCAGUACGUCGAAAGGUUCAAGGUUGAAGUUCUUGAUUGGAGGUUUUUAGACAUGUCCAUCUCCAUCUUGAAAAUAGGUAAAGACAGGAUCAGAGAACUUCAUCUAUACACAGGUGGCAAGCGAUCAGCAAUCAUGCACUGGCUGAGCGAAGAUGGAGUGCGCUCACUUACCAAUGUAUGCUUACACUUCCCUCCACCCACACACAUUGGAGAUGCUUGA